UGGACACGAGAGCAACAAGAUGAGCCCACGCCUAGAAAUGCAAGCAUAAGAAUAGAAUAUCAAUCAAUCAAAUAAAAAUAAAUGAUGCGCCUUCACAAGGUCUGUAAUCGCCUCUCUCUGCUCUCCAUCUCUCCUUUCUCUUCCUCCCUUCCGCCCUUUUCUCUCUCCCCAAACGCCAAGUCCCGAUUCCCUUCUUCAUCAUCCGUCCGAACACCUGGCCACCUGAGAACUCAUUCUAGGAUCGCCUCCAAGACAGCCAUGACCGGCUCCCGAUUCCACCGCCUUCUCCCUAUCCACUCUGCUCUUACUGAAGACGCUGCCGGCGGCAAUGGCUCUAACGUCUCCGUUUCUUCUUCGGCUAACGCUUCCGCUACUUUGACUGAGGAAAACGAUGAAAAUGUUGCAAUCGGAGUUACAUAUUGUCUUCCACCGCCGGAAAUUAGAGAUAUUGUUGAUGCUCCACCGCUUCCGGCACUGUCAUUUUCACCAUUCCGGGAUAAAAUACUGUUUCUCAAGCGGAGAUCUUUACCGCCGUUGGCAGAACUAGCGAAACUGGAGGAAAAGCUUGCUGGUAUUCGAAUUGAUGGGAAAUGCAACACCAGGAGCCGCAUGUCUUUCUACACCGGUAUAGGAAUCCAUCAACUAAUGCCUGACGGCUCGUUGGGACCGGAGAAAGAGGUUCAAGGAUUCCCUGAUGGUGCUAAGAUUAAUUUCGUUACCUGGUCAAAUGACGGUCAACAUUUGGCCUUUAGUGUUCGCGUUGAGGAGGAGGAUAGCAGUAGUAAUAGUGGAAAGCUUAGAGUGUGGGUUGCAGAUGUGGAAACUGGAAUAGCUAGGCCGCUGUUUCAGUCACCGGAUAUAUAUCUGAAUGCAGUUUUUGAUAAUUAUAUUUGGGUGGAUGACUCUACCCUGUUAGUUUGUACUAUUCCUUUGUCGCGCGGAGACCCGCCAAAGAAACCUUUGGUUCCUUUUGGCCCGAAGAUUCAAUCUAACGAACAGAAAAAUGUCAUUCAAGUUAGGACAUUCCAGGAUUUGCUGAAGGAUGAGUAUGAUGAGGAUUUGCUUGAUUACUAUGCCACCUCGCAACUUAUUUUGGCUUCUUUGGAUGGCACUGUGAAGGAAAUAGGCACACCGGCUGUGUACACGUCUAUGGAUCCUUCCCCUGAUGAGAACUACCUUUUGAUUAGCUCAAUCCAUAGGCCGUAUUCUUUUAUUGUACCAUGUGGAAGGUUCCCCAAGAAAGUGGAUGUAUGGACAAGUGAUGGGAAAUUUGUUAGAGAACUCUGCGACUUGCCCCUUGCUGAGGACAUUCCUAUUGCCUUUAGUAGCGUGCGGAAAGGGAUGCGGUCAAUCAAUUGGAGAGCAGAUAAGCCUUCAAUGUUAUAUUGGGCAGAGACACAAGAUGGAGGUGAUGCAAAAGUGGAAGUUUCGCCACGUGAUAUAAUUUAUACGCAGCCUGCAGAGCCACAAGAAGGUGAACAGCCAGAAAUCUUGCUCAAACUUGAUCUUCGCUAUGGAGGGAUUUCAUGGUGUGAUGAUUCACUGGCUCUGGUUUAUGAGUCUUGGUACAAGACACGUCGAACAAGAACCUGGGUGAUAUCUCCCGGAUCGAAAGAUGUGAGUCCACGCAUACUUUUUGAUAGGUCAUCUGAGGAUGUGUACUCUGAUCCAGGCUCUCCCAUGUUGAGGAGAACCCCUGCUGGGACUUAUGUGAUAGCUAAAAUAAGGAAGGAAAAUGAUGAAGGCACUUAUGUUCUCCUGAAUGGAAAUGGUGCUACACCAGAGGGGAACAUCCCCUUCCUUGAUUUGUUUGACAUAUAUACAGGCAGCAAAGAACGAAUAUGGGAAAGCAACAAGGAAAAGUACUAUGAGAGUGUUGUUGCUUUGAUGUCGGAUCAGAAAGAAGGGGAUAUACACCUUAAUGAGCUGAAGAUACUUACUUCUAAAGAGUCAAAAACUGAAAACACCCAAUAUUACAUUCAAAGUUGGCCAGAUAGGAAAGUACAUCAGAUCACAGACUUCCCUCAUCCAUAUCCACAGUUGGCAUCACUGCAGAAGGAGAUGAUCAGAUACCAGAGAAAGGAUGGUGUUCAACUUACUGCAACAUUGUACUUACCACCAGGCUAUGAUCCAUCAAAAGAUGGCCCUCUUCCUUGUCUAGUUUGGUCUUACCCUGGAGAAUUUAAAAGCAAAGAUGCUGCUGGACAAGUUCGCGGUUCUCCUAAUGAAUUUGCAGGCAUAGGUCCAACAUCACCUCUCCUUUGGCUUGCUAGAAGAUUUGCUAUUUUAUCUGGACCGACAAUCCCUAUUAUUGGUGAAGGGGAUGAAGAAGCGAAUGAUAGGUAUGUAGAGCAACUGGUUUCAAGUGCAGAGGCAGCUGUUGAGGAAGUUAUCAGACGUGGAGUAGCUCAUCCUAACAAAAUUGCUGUUGGGGGGCAUUCCUAUGGAGCAUUCAUGACAGCAAACCUCCUGGCACAUGCUCCUCACCUUUUCUGUUGUGGGAUUGCUCGGUCUGGAGCCUACAACAGAACCCUUACACCCUUUGGUUUUCAGAAUGAGGAUAGAACUCUCUGGGAGGCAACUAUUACCUAUGUAGAGAUGAGUCCAUUCAUGUCUGCGAAUAAAAUCAAGAAGCCAAUCUUGCUUGUCCAUGGAGAAGAAGACAAUAACCCUGGAACACUAACCAUGCAGUCCGAUCGUUUCUUCAAUGCUCUGAAGGGUCAUGGAGCUCUUUGUCGCCUUGUCAUUUUACCAUUUGAGAGCCAUGGCUAUGCUGCACGAGAAAGCAUCAUGCAUGUCCUCUGGGAAACUGAUAGAUGGCUUCAAAAGUAUUGUGUGUCAAACACUUCUGAUGUCAGUGCAGGUCUUGAUACGAGCAAAGAUGGUGCAAGUAAUGAAGUUACAGAGUCUGAAAACAAAGUAGUUGGUGCCAGUGGAGGCAGUGGUGCAGAGUUGGCAGACUCUGAAAAUGAAGAGUUCCAUUCAAAGCCAAGGUCAUUAAUGUGGUAAGUUAAUAAUUCGUAUGUUCUUUUUGUUCUUUACUUU